AUGGCUGAUGUACCGCCUCCUUCACUGUCCGAACUCAUGCGAAUGGUAGCUGAGCUGCAACAAGCUAAUCAACGGAUGGCUGACGAGAACCAGAUAAUGGCAGCUCAAAUUGCCGAACUGAAUCAUGAUCACAACGAUGGCCGUCAGGAGAGAGACGAAGAGCAUCAAUCCCAACCGACCCAUGUUUCAGAAACCACUCAACACGAGAAACAACAUCCAGAGGACGAGAAAGAGGAACCCGAGGACUUUGUAGGCCCUUUCACAGAGGAAGUAAUGAGCUUCGAAUUGCCAAAGAGGUUCACCCUGCCAUUGACCCUCACGCCCUAUGAUGGACUCGGUGAUCCGAAGAAAUUCAUAAAGAAAUUCCGAUCAAUAAUGAUCGUAAAUGGUGCAUCAGAUACAGUUUUAUGUCGAUGUUUUCCGAAUUAUCUAGACGGUCCUGCACUUGAUUGGUUGUGUGCUUUGCCUGCAGGUUCCAUUUCCCGCUUUCAUCAGUUGGCGAAGUUAUUUGAAGAACAUUUCGCUGGAUCCGCAAUAUAUUUGCACGACUCCGAUUAUCUGAACACCAUCAAGCAGGGGCCAAACGAAAGUUUAAAAGACUAUAUGACUCGCUUCACCAAGGUCGCAAUCAGCAUACCAGACCUCCACCCCGAGGUCCAUCUGCACGCAAUAAAAAGCGGCCUCCGACCCGGAAAGUUCCAAGAGACGAUUGCAGUAGCAAAACCGAGGACUCUGGCAGAAUUCCGAGAAAAAGCGAAAGGCCAAAUUGACAUCGAGGAGCUCAGACAAGCUCGGAAACCCGACAAAUCACUUUUCCGUGACGAAGAUAAGAGCUCCUCCCAUAAGAAAAAUUUUAAACUAACACCUCGUUUUGAUUCUUAUACGCAGUUUAACACCAAGAGAGAAGACAUAAUCAAGGAAAUCUUGAACUCCAAACUAAUCAAACCACCAAGGAAAGCCGGCACAUACCAAGAUACAAAAAACGUGGACAAAUCAAAGUACUGCACUUUCCACCAGAAACAUGGGCAUAAUACCGAUGAUUGUGUAGUCGCCAAGGAUCUUCUAGAACGAUUAGCACGACAAGGACACCUUGACAAAUACAUUGGUGGUCACAUGCAAAAACGCGGCUCCAAUUCCACAACAGCCGACCUUCCUGACCAACACCGAGGAAAAGAAAAGACAUCCUCAGGCCAAUACGAAAGACCACGAGGUAUAAUUAACUGUAUUUCAGGAGGGUACGCAAGUGGAGGACACUCAAAUUCGGCAAGAAAAAGAUCGUUUAGGACGAUAUAUUCGGCAGACGUACAGGAACAAAACACUACAUUCACUAAUCCGCAACCAGAAGUCACUUUCACACAAGCCGACUUCAACUCCGACAUACAAAAUUUGGACGACCCUGUGGUAAUCACCUUACAGCUAGGAGACCUAUUAGUAAAGAAAGUACUCUUAGAUCCCGGGAGCAGUGCCGACGUACUGUUUUACUCUACAUUUCAAAAGAUGAAGCUCAGCGACAACACGCUACAAUCCACAGGAGGAGACUUGGUCGGCUUCUCAGGCGAAAGAGUUCCCGUCCUCGGGUCAGUGUGGUUACAAACCACACUGGGUGAGCAACCUCUAUCCAAAACUAAUGAUAUCCAAUAUUUAGUAGUUGACUGUUUUAGCCCAUAUAACCUUAUUCUUGGCCGACCAUUUUUAAAUAAAUUCGGCGCUAUUGUAUCUACAGUUCACCUCUGUGUCAAGUUCCCAUUGCAGGACCACCAGGUCAUUACAAUCCAUGGAGACCAUAAAGAGGCAAGACAAUGCUACAACAUCAGCAUGAAACUCCAAAAUCGCUCAACAAAACAAGUCAACAACGUCGGCAUAAAUCAACAGGAGGACACGCUUGCUGAGCUUGAUCCAAGAGCCGAUUUCCUUGAUCGCCCAAAACCCUCUGAUGACCUACAGAAAGUGUAUUUCAACGAUGACCCUAAUAAAUUCACAUAUGUAGGCACCUCACUCAGUGCAUCCGAGUUUCAAGCUAUAACAACCUUCCUACAGCAACACGCCGACCUGUUCGCAUGGACACCAUCAGAUAUGCCGGGAAUCGACCCACAGAUCAUCAGCCAUAGAUUAGCCAUAAACUCAGCAAUCCGACCAGUACAACAGAAAAAACGCAAACUCGGCGAAGAAAAAAGGAGAGCGUCAAUGGAAGAAACACAAAAGUUAAUCAACGCAGAAUUCAUCAAAGAGAUCAGGUUCACCACCUGGCUAGCCAAUGUGGUAAUGGUAAGAAAACAGAACGGUAAGUGGCGCAUGUGCGUCGAUUUCACUGAUUUAAACAAAGCAUGCGCAAAAGAUUCUUACCCUCUGCCAUCCAUAGAUUCUUUAGUAGACAAUGCCUCAGGCUACGCUACUCUAAGCUUUAUGGAUGCAUAUUCAGGGUAUAACCAAAUAAUGAUGCAUCCCUCCGAUCAGAAUAAAACAGCUUUUAUCACCGAUUUCGGUAACUAUUGUUAUAAAGUUAUGCCGUUUGGACUAAAGAACGCAGGUGCAACUUACCAACGACUUAUGGACAAGGUAUUCGCCAAACAAAUCGGCAGGAAUAUUGAAGUUUACGUCGACGAUAUGGUCGCCAAAACAAAAGUCGGCGAUGAUCACAUCCGCGACCUUACCGAGAUAUUCGGCCAGAUCCGCCAAUACAAUAUGCGUCUCAAUCCCGAGAAGUGUGCAUUUGCAGUUCAAGGGGGUAAGUUUUUAGGUUUUCUACUAACAUGCAGGGGAAUAGAGGCAAAUCCAGACAAAUGCCGAGCAGUGCUUGACAUGACCAGCCCCAAAACAAUAAAGGAAGUCCAACGCCUCACAGGACGACUCGCUGCCCUGUCAAGAUUUGUUCCCUGCCUUGCCUCAAUCUCUAUCCCUUUUUUCCAAACAAUUAAAAAGAAAAAUAAAUUUGAAUGGAACGACGAUUGUGAAAAGGCAUUUUCAAAAUUAAAAACAACCUUAUCACAACCGCCGAUUCUACAAAAACCCCUACAAGGGGAGGAUUUAUUUCUGUAUCUAUCAGUUACUGACUGGGCAAUAAGCUCGGCCCUUGUUACAGAAAGAAAAAAGGUUCAGCAUCCAGUAUACUUCGUCAGUAAGACCCUCCAGCAGGCCGAACUCAACUAUCCGAGGAUCGAGAAGCUUGCACUAGCACUAAUAUUCUCGGCGAGACGCCUCCGACCUUACUUCCAAAGCCACGUUAUCCACGUCAGAACCGAUCACCCACUAAGACAAGUUCUCCACAAACCAGAAAUUGCAGGUCGACUCAUUAAAUGGGCAGUUGAACUAUCAGAAUUCGACAUCAAAUACCAACCUCGGGGACCGAUCAAGUCACAAUUCCUCGCAGAUUUCCUCGCCGAACUUACAAUGCCCUCAGAAGAAGACCAUCCAAAACAAUGGACCUUGUAUGUAGACGGCUCUUCCAAUAACGAAGGUUGCGGGGCCGGAAUUCGUCUAGAGGACGGCGACGGAUUCAUAUUGGAACACUCGAUACACCUCGCUUUCAAAGCAAGCAACAAUCAAUCUGAAUAUGAAGCACUACUCGCCGGAUUACGACUCUGUCUAGAUCUUCAGAUCUCCUCCAUCAAGGUAUUCUGUGAUUCAUUGUUAGUCGUACAGCAGGUAAAUGAUCUUUUUCAGGUAAAAGACCCCCUACUCUCUAAAUAUUUGCUAUUAGUAAAAAAGUUAACAAAAAAAUUUUUUAAAUUCGAGAUACAGCAUAUACCACGUGAACAAAAUCAAAGAGCGGAUAUCUUAUCCAAGCUCGGCAGUACACAAUCCGAUCUAUCAACAUUACAUCAGUUCACAAUAAACUCACCCACUGUUACUCUAACAACCGUGUUAAGUGCUUCACAGGAAACAGAUUGGAGAAGCGACUUUAUACAUUAUUUACAAACAGGUAACAUUCCACAAGGGGCCACGACAGAUAAAAAGUUCCGCCGCCAAGCAUCUUACUUCACAAUACUCAAUGGAACAUUAUAUCGCAGAGGAUUUACUCGCCCCCUUCUCAAAUGCCUGAGCAAAACAGAAGCAGACAUAGCGUUAGCAGAGGCACAUGAAGGAAUCUGUGGCACGCACACAGGGGCUCGAAGCCUAACAUCAAAAAUCCUCCGAGCCGGAUUUUUCUGGCCAACUAUGAAACGCGACAGCGAACAAAAAAUAAGAUCUUGCAACAAAUGCCAAAGACACGCACCACUGAUACACAUCCCCGCCGAACAAAUGCAUCAUUCAGAUAUCAGCUGGCCAUUUAACCAGUGGGGUUUGGAUAUACUCGGACCGUUUCCUAAAGCACCGGGCCAGGUAAAGUUCCUUAUUGUCGGAAUUGACUAUUUCUCCAAGUGGGUUGAAGCCCAACCCUUAGCAAAAAUAACAUCACAACACAUAAUCUCAUUCACAUGGAAGAACAUUAUUUGCCGUUUUGGCAUACCUCAACAUAUCACAACUGACAACGGCCGCCAGUUUGCCGAUCAGAAAUUUCAAUCUUUUUUGCAGAAUCUUAAAAUAAAGCAGCACUUUGCCUCUGUUGAACAUCCUCAAACAAACGGACAAGCUGAGGCUGCAAACAAGGUCAUCCUGCAUGCACUAAAGAAAAAACUCGACGACGCCAAAGGACUAUGGGCCGAGUUAAUUCCUGAAGUACUUUGGGGAUACAACACCACCCCACAAACAUCAACAAAGGAAACGCCAUUUAGACUGGUUUAUGGGUCGGAAGCAAUGAUCCCUCUAGAAAUCUCCCAGCAAUCCAUCCGAACAUACAUGAAUAAUCAAGCAGAAAAUCGGAGAACCGAGCUCGACCUCAUCGAGGAAGUACGAGACAUCGCCGCCCUAAAGCAACGCGCAGCACAACAAGUAAUAGCUCGUCAAUAUAACAAGUCGGUCAGAAACAGAUCCUUCGCUAAAGGAGACCUAGUCCUCCGCAAAACAGAAACUGCUCGGAAGCCAUCAACACAUGGAAAGCUAGCCGCCAAUUGGGACGGCCCCUACCGAGUUUUCGAAGUACUCGGCCAAGGAGCAUACAAACUAGAAUCAUUAGAUGGUAAACUCUUCCCUAACACAUGGAACGUGUCUUCUUUAAAAAAGUAUUAUAGUUAA